CAGCGCCCCGCGGCCCUGAGGGGUGUGCCCGGGGAGGCAUUUUGCUUGAAGGAGUGGGCACCUUUUGCACCAAGGAGGCAGCUCCUUGCCCGCAGGAAUUGGCAGGGUCUGAAAGUCUCCACCUGUGACGAGUGUCAACCUACGAUGCAGCUCCUGGGGCCCAGGUAACGCCAGCCCCCGGGUCCCCCCUGCCCUGCCCAGCUCCAGUCCUCGGGGGACGAUGUGGAGGAGAUUGAAGACGAUGCCCCGUGGGUGCCAGAAGCUGGAAGCCGUGGUCCUGGUCUCCAUUGGGACCGCCGCGCUGCUGUUCCUCCUGCGAACCACCGGUGACAGCUUCAUGCCGCAGCAGGCCGGGGAGCCCACCGUGACGCCCAGCACCCAGCCGAGCCCCACGCCCAGCCUCGUGACCCCGCGCCCCAUGCCGGUCUGCCGGGAGAACACCUCCGUGGCCAACCUCUCUGGCUUCGCCGGCCUGCCGGCCCACGUGCAGGACUUCCUGCGCUACAAGCACUGCCGCGAGUUCCCGCAGCUCCUGGAUGUCCCUGGCAAGUGCGGGGGGCCCGAGGCAUCCAGGGACGUCUUCCUGAUCCUGGCCAUCAAAUCGGCCCCCAUGAACUACGAGCGGCGCGAGAUCAUCCGCAAGACCUGGGGCGAGGAGCGGACGUACGCGGGCGCCCGCAUCCGCCGCGUCUUCCUGGUCGGCACGGCCUCGUCCGCCCGCGAAGCCUGGAAGCUGGACCAGCUGCUGCAGCUGGAGGCGGCGGAGCACGGGGACGUGCUGCAGUGGGGCUUCGUGGACAGCUUCUUCAACCUGACGCUCAAGCAGGUGCUGUUCCACACCUGGCUGGAGGCCCGCUGCCCCGGCGUCCGCUUCGUCUUCAACGGGGACGACGACGUCUUCGUGCACACCGACAACAUCGUGCACUACCUGCAGGGCAUGGGGGACGAGGGCAGCGAGCGCCACCUCUUCGUGGGGCAGCUCAUCACCAAUGUCGGCCCCGUCCGCGAGAAGUGGAGCAAGUACUACGUGCCCGAGCAGGUCACGGCCGCCAAGCUCUACCCGCCCUACUGCGGGGGUGGAGGGCUGGUCAUGUCCGGCUUCACCACCCACGCCAUCUACCGCGAGUCCCUGAACAUCGAGAUCUUCCCCAUCGACGAUGUCUACCUGGGCAUGUGCCUGGAGAAGGCAGGGCUGGUCCCGGCCUCGCACAUGGGCAUCCGGACGGUGGGCUUCCACCUGCCCUCGGCCAAGCUGGCUGCCUUUGACCCUUGCUACUACAAGGAGCUGCUGCUCGUGCACCGGUUCCUGCCCUACGAGAUACUGGUCAUGUGGCGAGCCCUCCACCAGCCGGGCCUGAAAUGUGGGAAGAAGCUGGAGGUCUAUCGCAAUGACUGAGGGGGUCCCCAGGACUCCCAGGGGAGGGGGCAGCUGGGUGGAAGCUGGUCCCGGCCCCGUGCUGGGACCACGCUGGCCCCAAGCAGCCGCGCGGCUCUGCCCCACGUGGCCUUUCCAGAGUCCGGGCAAGCCUCUGCCCCUAAAACCCACGUGCAGAAAGCUUCUGGGGUGUGGGGCAUGUUUGCUGGACCUGGGUCCCUUGACGUCCUCCCCUGCCUUGCGCCCUGGGGGAACUCCCACGGCUUUGGGGCAGGCCCCACACAGCUUUCAGCCCCUCCUCUGAGCUGGCACCUGCUCUCUGAGCCCCCAGGCUUGUCCUUGCUGUACUCGAGGGUGAUUUUUGUGCCCCCCCACCCCACCUGAGCUGCCUCGGGACUCAGUGGCCAGGCAGCUGCUCAACCUGCCCCCCGCUCGCCACGCCAGCUCAGCUCAGGAACGCCGACUGCCGCACCUUGGAGCCCGUUCCCGCGCGUCCCCAGCGCGGGCAGGCGUUUGCACUUGCCCAGCAGCCCCCGUGCCUUUGUGCCGUGUCUGGCCACUGUGAAUGAUAUAUAUAGCAAUAAA